AUCACGGAAAUCAAACGAAUGUUUGAUAACAAAGGCGAUAAACUACUGCUGGAGAUUGAGGAGGAUGAGGCUGAUCCCGCGGAGCAGCAUCCCCGCUGCGAGCACGGACCCACGGUGCUGUUCUACCGGCAAUCACAGCUCCCCGAGCAGGGAUUUUACGCCUGCUCAGCCCACCGGGACUCAAAACUUUGCAGUUUUCACCUGCCGGCGGAUCAGUGGAAGGGUUACACCUGUAGGACAUCACUUCCCGUAAGGAACUAUCCUUCGUCAUCCAGUAAGUCAAGGAAUCCCUCCGAUCCUGAUCCCACACUAAGCCUAACAGCGCUUUCCGAGGACAAAGCCAAUGCUCAAUACUUCUUUGACGAAGCUGCUCUGAACUUCUUGGCAAAUCAGUGUAGAAAUAUAGCUAGCAAGGUUGUCUGCAUGGGCGCCCCUCGUUUACAUUUCCACCUGCGCCACAAGCUGAAGAGCUUUCUACUGGAUCUGGAUGAGAGAUUCGCUGAGUAUCUGGGACCUGAAGAGUUCUGUCUCUACAACAUGUGCAAUAACCACUUUUUCUACAGCCGCAAGCCCUUUGAACAUUUCCUGGGGGACACCAGUCCAGAACAACUAGUCAUAGUGACGGAUCCCCCGUUUGGCUGUCGAACUGAACUGAUAUCCCACACGCUGCGCAGCCUCAGGAAACUCUACAACAGAAUCAACCAGUUGCCUUCCACACCGCUGUCCAUAUUCUGGAUAUAUCCCUACUAUUCGGCCAAUCACAUAAGGCAGGAAAUGCCCGAGAUGGAAAUGAGCGACUACCGGAUAAACUACAGCAAUCACCUGAGAUACACAAACGUGGGAAAGCAGAGUCGGUUUUGCGGAUCACCUGUACGCUUGUUCACCAAUGUACCACUAAAAUUGCUACAGCUACCUGUGGAAGAGGGCUACAAGUACUGCCAAAAGUGUGACUGCUACACGGCCACCGGAAACCUUCACUGCAAUAGCUGUGGGACAUGUCCCUCGGUGAAUGGUCAAACUUACAGGCACUGUGUGUCCUGCGAUGUCUGCGUGAAACCCAACUACGUGCACUGCAAAAACUGCAGGAGGUGCACCCAAAAGGAGGGUCACAACUGCGUCUUCUACCAGACCAAACAGUACUGCAGGCUGUGCGCCCAAAAAGGCCACAUCGAAAACAAGUGUCCCAACUUUCGUAAGGGAAAGUUCAAACACACCAAAGGCUGUCUUCUGUGCGGCAAAAGCAACCAUAGGGAACGGAGAUGCACUCAGCGAUCAAAGUACUUCAGGGAACUUUGUUUUUUAAACGAAACUACCACUCAAUGUCUUUGAGGUUCUGCUUAACUAUUGUUAAGGUGAUAAUUGUUGGGUUGAAAACUGUAAAAUGCAAGGCCACCCAUUAACAGCAGGCCAAUGUUUGUUUAAUACAAAAUUUAUUUGUUCUUAA